AUGAACCACCGCAGAGGAUCUACACCCGCGAAAGGUGCGCACAAGUCAAGGCACUGGCAUUUAGCUACAACCCUCCUCUGCUGCCUCAUCGUGAGAAUCACCACCUUUUAUGUUAUACACGUUCUUCAAGGAAGUGAAUACAAAUACAUUGACCAGUUAAUAGCUCAUGAGGGGGAAGAAGGGAGUCGGAGUCUCCACAAACGAGGAGGUCUCCACAAAGAAGGUCGUCUUUCCAACCCAGGAGAAGAAGGGGCACAUUAUUUCCACUCGAAACAAAACAACGAUAUGAAAGACCUGCAAAAAUAUUUCCAAACGAAUAAACGAAAUAGAAAACUAAAACAGUUUUUACUAAAAAAUGAUUCGAUGCAUUAUUCGUUCAACUCAGAUUUUUUCCUCUCCUUUGAUAAUUUUAAGCUCCUCCUAAUAACCACGUCUUUCUAUUUGGCCCUUAGACGGAUCAGAAGCGAAGCCUCGCGCCCCCACGCGGCUACACCCAACCUCCUUGCAACCCUCUUUGUAAAUGCCAUGCUGCUCUAUGUCACGUCAUUUCACUUCAUCCUUGUCCUCAUCGGCAUAAAUAACCUCAUGGUGUAUUCCCACCAGGGGAUAAUGUACAAGCACAAACUUAAGGUGCCACUUAACUCCCUGCACAUGCUUCUGAUCAUUUUGCAAAAUUUGGCUUUGCUCAUCGCGACGCUAGCUGUGUAUGCCCUCCUCCUGCUGGCCUCUGCCUACGUCAACUCGGGGUCUUGGUCCUUCCUAAACAACACACUAAUUAACGAGUACAAGGUCUUCUUCCUGCUGCCCAACUUGGGGAAUUACUGGUACCUCUUCUCCACGAUGUUCCGGGAAUACUACCACUCCUUCUUGUUCCUCUUCCAUUUCCACGUGUUCCUCUACCCACUUCCUCUCCUCUUCCGCCUGGUGAAGACGCCACUGAUUUAUUUAAAAAUCAUGAUUUCGAUUGCUUUGGUUUUUCAUCCCAACAUAACGCUGAACGACCUUGUGUUUUCUUUGCUGCUGCUCGUAAUUGAUUACAAAAGGACACUUUAUGCCAUCCCCUUCGCCAAACUGAUUGUUUAA